AUGCGUGGCUGACAGAUCAAAGUUACUUAAUUAGAAAGUCUAAUUUAGAAUCCCUUUGCAUUUUGCGGCCAAUUAAUACCAUCGCCGUCGGUAUAUCGCUGUUGGUGUUUUUUAGUCCAUUCUUUAUUGCGAUAUCACCACUAAAUCGGAGGAACGUAGUAUAAAAUAGAUUCCACCUUGUCGUGGAGUCGUUUGGAAGUGCGGAUAUUUUAGUCCUUCUUAUCUCCUGGAGUUCACACCUUAUCUUGAGAAAGCUCAGAGUGCUUGGCGAAGCGAGCGUCCUUGCGAGCAAGGCGUCCUGCAAAGCCUACUUAAGGAGCCACGACUGAGGGUUUCUGCUCAUUCUCUCUCUCGCCACCGUGGAAGUAUAAAGAAACUUGAAGAUUUCUUGCCAUGGCGAAAACACGAUCUUCUGGACGAGUUUUGCGAUGUCGUAGAAAGUCGUGCGGGAACGCAGACUGUUGUGUCGAUGUAGAAAAGGCAGUUCUAAAAUCAACGAAAAGGGAAACGAAUCAAAAGGCAGCAUCAAUUAUUAAAAGACCUUCGACGUCAAGCCCCAUCUGUACUUUUCAACGUCGAAGUUUAACCUCUGCUCGUCGAAUCAAAACAUGGUCAUUUGUUGAUUUGGCAAAGCUUAACCCUGGGCAAUAUGGAGCUUUUGGAACGGCAAAAUGGUUUCGGUCAUGGACAAACUUCAUCGAUGAGCCAGGGGUCGUCCACCAGGAAAAUGUGAUGAUAUGGUUUGCGCAAUUGAAUGAAAUUUUUCGUAAUUCGCAAUAUGGGAACUCCGAGACGGCAAAGCAAAACAGUCAGCCGACCAGGAAUCAACAGAUCAAGAAAGAAAGAUCGUCAUCAAGAAGCGAGGAAAAAUUAUUCUUGAAAAAAGAAGAAACCCCGUCCUUGCGGAAACAGGAAAAAUCUUCCGUGCAAAAGGAGGAAGAAUCGUUCCUGCGAAAGAAGGAAAAAUUGUCCAUCCAAAAAGAAGAAUCGUUCUUGAAAGAAGAAGACACGCCGACAGUAAAGAAGGAACCACCAACUGUAAAGAAAGAAUCGCCAAAAAUAAAAGUAGAAAGAAGAUCAUCGUCGUCCUUGGAUGAUGAGGGAAUCUCCAUUCAGCUGUCGGCCUCUACUACGGAUGUAUCUCACGGAGAUCAAGCUGAUGUCGAGAGUUUGGAGCCAUCAACCGCACCCCCGGGAGAUUCCUACACGUACUUUGCCGUAGUUCCGGAUGGCCAAUAUACUAUAAUUGAUGGUCAAGUCAUUGAGGACUUAACUCACCUAACAAGAUUUAUUGGGGACGAUCAAAGUGCUGCUUUGGCUUGCUACCAGCUAAUCAACUUAGGCAAUGAAGGGGUCAAUGUUGGACAAGGAGCCGAGACUAGCUUCGAACCAGACUUUGGACAAGGAGCCGAGACUAGCUUCGAACCAGACUUUGGACAAGGAGCCGAGACUAGCUUCGAACCAGACUUUGGACAAGGAGCCGAGACUAGCUUCGAACCAGAUUCGGGAGUUGAUUUAUCAUUUGCAGAGAAUUACGAUGACCCACUUUUGGAGAUUUCACUUGAGGAAUUAGAUAAGUACUUUGAAGGGGUUUCCACCGAGGAAAUGCUUAAAUUGGUGGCAAACUGUCAGCCAUGAAUACUAUUUGUAUUAAUUAUCUUGAAAAUUUAAGAUUAUUGACAUGACCUGAUUAGUAGUAUAAUAGUUUAAAUGUACAAAUGUUCAGGGCUUUAAAAGUAACAAUAUGAAUUUCAUGAGUCUUUAGCCACUGGUGUUCUAUUAUUUCUAACAAACACAAUCAAUUUGACAAUAAAAUGAACUAAAUAUUG